UUUAUUUAACGCCACAGUUCACCUGGGGGAUAGACGAUUGGUCUUUUAAUAAAUGCGUUUGUUUUUGUCCGUUUUUCAUGUUUUGAAAGCGAAAAACAGCGUCGUUCCAAUUGUGACUGUGUGAGUGAGUUGCACGCGGACUUUAAGUGAACAUGAGGAAUCCUGUGGACACAACGUCAAACAACUUUUUGGUAGAUGCGUCUUUGUUAUAUAAAGAUAGUUGUCCGGAGCUGUCACGGUUCCUCCUGCAGCGGCCUUUGAUGGCAAAGGGAUUGCCUUUGUGGAAAUCCUCCAUCGUGGUGCCGAUCGGCGCAGUUUGUCCAUACUGUCAUCAGUGGUUGCAAGCUGACAAUCAGCGGGUGCGGCUGCGACCCAAGCGUCGUCCUUCAGCACAUGUGCAGAGUAUCCUACGCAGGAAGGCCAGAGGCAAACAGCUCAGCUUGAUGCAGAAAAAGCUGCUGCGCCGCUUCCAAACAUCUUCGUCAACAGUGAUGGCCACGUGUCAGACUUGCCAUAAGACAUCCAGACAUAAAGGAAUGAGCAGAGAGUGCAUAGCGACUCUCUCUAAGGCUCAUGGCACACCGGGGAGCGCUGGCAAAAACAAGACACCACAGGCAUUAAACAGAGCCUACAUGACUACCCCCAAGUCUGCUGGCAAAGACAAGACCCCUGGGAGUACACCUCGGAGCUCCUCGUCUAACCCUCCAGGAUCAGGUUCAUCUUCCUCUAAAAAAAACCUCAAAGCAAAACACUGGGUUGUUCAGCGUCUCGGCAAGAUGCUGAUGCGAGAGGAAAAGGACAACAAGAAAGGGGGCUUGAAAGACUUUCUCACCUCACUUUGAGUCAAAAACUACGAGGCGGUUUAUGCAUACGUGCUUUAAAACGAGGGUUUUAAAGACCCUCCGUCUAACCUGUUUACACCUACAGCUGAGCUGGGAUGGUUGUGCUGGGUUAUGUGGGACCGCGCUCCUCAAGUUAGAACAUAACAGCUGAAAUUGUUCCAAUGAUUCCAAAUAUUAAUCAGGGUUCCUGCAUCUUCUGCUGAGCCAGUCGUAGGCCAGCACUUCCUUUGUCCGAUUCAACACGUGCGUCUUCUGAACUCUGUGGAAAACUUGAGAUCUGUUUUUAUUAAAUGGUGACAAUGACACAGGAAGCUCAGCUUUCGGCUGUGGUGGAGUUUAUAGCAUAAAGUACAAAUGCUGUGUUACCACCAGAACAUACUAAAAUCUCUCUGCAAGGUCUUUAUUUUUUGUUUUUUUUUGUUGUUGUUUUCCUUAAGGAAAAAAUGUGGAUGUUGUAAAUAUUCAAUAUUCAUACCGUGAUGAGUAAUUUUUAAAUUUAAUUUUAUUUUUGUUUUUUAUGUGAACAUGUUAUGGAAGUUUGAAAAGAUUCUUGCUUCUUUUGUUAAAAGCAUAAACUGAAAUAUCUGUUGCAUUUUUGUACUGCUUGUUUACCUGCUGCUUCACAAUUUGGAAUACCUCAUGUAUUUCACUGACAUUUUCUCUGAAAUAAAACCUUUCUAUUGUGGAAAUUAAAAACAAAUGAUGUUGA